GGAUGUAGGUCUGCCUGCUCCACCAGUAGGGGGCGCUGCCGAAUCUCCUCUAUUAUGUCACUGUCCAUCGCUGAGUUACGAAUAAAGCUUUGGCAGAAGAAGCGUGGGGUGGUAGUUCUGGAAGGCUCGUUUGAUUCCCUGAAGUAGCAGUAAACUAUUUAAAGGGCUGAUUUUGAACACAAUCCGCUGAACUUAUUUUUGUAUUAAUAUUAUACGUCACGAGUUAUCGACGGAAACCCUGAAGAGAUGGCAGAAAGCGACUGGGAUACCGUGACUGUCUUGAGGAAGAAGGGGCCGACAGCUGCCCAGGCCAAAUCCAAGCAGGCUAUCACCGCCGCUCAGAGACGCGGGGAGGACGUUGAGACAACCAAGAAAUGGUCUGCAGGUCAAAACAAACAGCAUCUUGUGACAAAGAACACAGCCAAAUUGGACCGGGAGACAGAAGAACUACACCAUGACAGAGUGCCCCUGGAAGUGGGCAAGGUCAUUCAGAAAGGCAGACAGGAGAAAGGUCUGACCCAGAAAGACCUGGCCACUAAAAUUAAUGAGAAGCCUCAAGUCAUUGCGGACUAUGAGUGCGGGAGAGCAAUUCCCAACAACCAGGUCAUGGGCAAGAUAGAGAGAGCAAUUGGGAUGAAACUGCGUGGGAAGGAUAUUGGUCAACCCCUCGAGGCAAAACCGAAGAAACAAUGAACACAAAGCCUCGAAAUCAGCCCCCCCCACCCCCCCAGGUCCCAUCUCUCCCUGUUAUUAAAACCUGAAUCGCUUCCUCAACCCACCCCCAAGAACCCUCAAGCAUUCUCUCCCUCCUCUCCCCUAUCCCUUUCCCUACCUGGGCUGAUCUCACCUGUGUCCUGUCUGAGGACCUGGUGCUCCACUGCAUCACAAGCUGCAUACUGACAAAGUCAUCAGAAAAACAUUCUUUUGACAACAUAAUCUAAUGAAUGGUCGAAUGCAUUUUUCAGCAUCACAAAUUCAAAGUUCUGUGCAUUUUUUUCUCACUCACAUCUGCUUAGGCUUUGGCAUGAUGAAUUCAACUUUUUAAAAGUGAUCUAAAGUCAUAAAAAGUGAAUUUGUUUUCAUGACAAACUAUAUUGACUAACGUUAAUUCUGAGCAUGAUGUUAAGCCGAAAGUGCUUGAUUGCAUCUUUUUUUUCACACACUUAGAGACAGUGGGUGAAUGUCAUCACAGUGUUGAAAUGUUUUAAUGCUGUGCUUUGUUUUGAUCUUAAAAUAAAGUUUGGCAGUUCAUGA